AUGGCCCCAAUCCCGAGCACGCUAGAUGAAACGACUAGAAAACUCGUCGAGUCGUUGGACAGACGUCGAAAAGAUCUGUCUGAGUUCCAGAUACAGCGUCUACGGACAUGCACAGGCCCGCUGCCUGUCCAGCAGCAGUAUGCGGCGGAGCUCCGCGAGGACCUCGACGGAUUCGCCCGCCAGGUUGAGAGCCUGGAUGUUGCAGUGGACGACCAGCGGACCGAGCGGGACAGGCGCGAGCUGAGGCGAAUCGUGGAGGAGUUCCGUGCAGCGUUAGUCAGCCUGAAGAAGGACACGCGAGCGGCCUUGCUUGCGUCGAAGCGCGCCAUCGACUCGAAGCAGGUCUCGAACCGAGACGAGCUGCUGCGCUCGUCGGCCGUGAGGGAGAAGCAGGACCUGAACGAGAAAGUCACCGAGGACGCCCUCAUGAAGGCGAACACCGACGUCACGGAGGCGCUGCAGCGGACGCUCACGCUCAUGCAGGGCGAGCUCGAGAAGUCUGUCCUCUCGACCCAGCUCCUCGACUCGUCCACCGCGGCGCUCCGCUCGACCCUAUCUACGCAUGACGUGCUCGACGGCCUGCUGACCACCUCGAAGCACCUCAUCACCGCGCUCGAGAAGUCUGACUGGCUCGACCGCAUGCUCGUCCUCGCAGGGCUCGUCUUCUUCGUCCUCACCGUCGCCUUCAUCCUCAAGCAGCGCCUCGUCGACCGCAGCCUCCGUAUCGCGUUCUGGUGGACGCGCUUCCUCCCGGACUUCAGCAGCGACGCAGGCUUGCUCUACGCGGAGGGAAAGCGCGCCGUGAGCAGCGCCGUGUCAAGUGUCGUCGCGACGACGUCCGCGGUAGCGGGCUCCGUGGCCGCUGUCACCGCCUCUGCGACGCCGUCUGCGUUCAAUGAAACCACAUCUCCACCAUCCUCCGCAUUCCAAACACCACUCCUGGAUACGCUGUCGACGUCUCUGCUUUCAACGGACCUGUCGGAGCCUACGCCAGAUCUCGCCUUGUCGCAAACGCCUCCUGCGUCUUCUAGUAUGACGGACUCGGGUGUACACGACGAGCUGUGA